AUGAGAUAAAACAUUUCUUUUCAGCCAUAAACAGAUGAAAAAACCAUUUUUCAAUCUAACUCUUCCAACAUAUAUGGCACAGGCAGAUUUGGAGAUAUUAGACCUAAAAAUAUUACAUUUUAAGGUAAUGACAGUUAAAAUAACAUGGUUUUUGAUCCCAGCAAAGUAUAAUAAUAAUAACAUAUGACAUUCUAUAAACAAAAUGAUAGUAGGAAAUAAUCUGAUGCUAAAUUUGGAUCAUAAAUGGAUUCUUCACAAAAAGGAUUUGCAUUUUCAUAAAGUCCAAAUCCAUUCCAUCAAUAAUCAGAACCUUAAGAAAAAUAACAAUAAUCAUUUAGUAGUUAAGGGUCUGAAAAAAAGAAAGGAGCAUCUAAUAAGUAUUUUUAAAAUGGAAAUCAUUAAUAUUAAUUUAAAAAUAAUAAUCAUUAGCAAGAGAUUUCUGAAGAGAGAACUUGUGAAUAGCAUGGUAAUACAGCUAAGUUUGUUUGUACAACAAUUGGAUGUUUGAUUGGAGGAUUAUGCCAAGAAUGUUAACAUUAGUGUCCAAAUAUAACUGCUAUUGAAGAUUAUUUUAGAAUCUUAGAGUUGAAAUUAACUAAUCAAUAAUUAGAUGUUAUCUAAAAUGAAAAAUUUUAAUCUCUUUCAUAAAUAAGAGAUUAUUUUAACCAAAUCAGAUAGGAAAUAAUAAAUUAAAUUGAUGAAUUAGAAAUCAAAUUUAUUGCAAAAGUUAUUAAUGAAACUAGCUUUAAUAUAGAAUUGUCUUAUCAAUUUGUUUAAGAAUUAUUUGAAACUAAUUUAUUAGAUCUUACCAAAAAAACUUCAUAACUUUCAAAGCUAAUAUAUAAUGAUUAUUUAAAGGUUUCUGAAUUCAAUAAGAUAUUUAUCUAAGAUUAAGGUAGAUUUCAAAAAAAGUUAAUCAAAAAUGUGUAAUUAUUAAAUUAAUUAUUUAGUAAUUUUAUAUAUUGUUGCGAAUAAUAAGUUUUUUUUAUUAUUUAUUCUAUAGCUUUUAAAUUGUGUUGUAGAUAAUUCAGAAUUAAAUCUUUAAUUGAUUGAUUAAUAAACAUAGUAUCAUUAAAGCAAAACAUAUGAAAACUAAAUGAAAAAUUUGAAAUCAUACAAAAUUAUAUAAAAUCAUUCUAAAAAUAUUUCAGAUAUUUGUUUAAUAUCAAAUUCAAUAUUAGCAACAGCUGAAGAAAAUGGUGGAAUAACUCUUUGGAAAUUACCUUAUUUUGUUUAAUUACAUAAAUUUUAACAUGGUGUUGAGUGUAUAUCUUUAGCUUCAAUAAAGGAUAAUUAAAAUACAUAAUUUUUAUUAAGCGCGUAAAAAUAAAAUUUUAAAUUAGAGGUAAAGAUAAAGAUGAAUAUUAAAUAUAUUUAUGGAAUGUAGAUUUAAGAUCUAGAGUAGGUGAUGUAAUAGGACAUUCUAAACAAUUAAGAAAAGUAGUGCCAUUAGGAUAUUCAUAAAUUGCAUGGUGUUAAGAGGAUUCAAAAAUAAGAAUUUGGAAAUUAAGUGAAAAAGAAUUAGCACAUGAAUUAAAUGUUCAUUCUGCUUGGAUUAAUGAUUUAUGUAAAAUAUCAAGAACAUAGAUUGCUUCUUGUAGUAGAGAUUAUACAGUUGCAGUGAUAGAUUAUUUAACUGGAAGGACUAAAUUUAUUAUAAAGGAUGUAACAUACGUAAAUUGUGUAACAUCAAUAAAUAGUGAAUUAUUUGCCUUUGCAAAUUAUAAUGGUUAAGUCAAAAUUUAUUAAGUUGAAUAACCUCAACUUAUAUAACAAAUAUAGGUAUCCAUGAAUUGGAUUGAUACAAACAGUAUUUGGUACUUAUGUAGAAUUAGUAAUGAAAUUCUAGCAGUGCAAUAAGCAAAUGGAGAAACAUCUAUAAUUGCAAUUGAUCAAAGAAAAGAGAAGAUUAUAAAGACAAUUUAAUAAACAAAGAAUGUGAAAUAGAACGCACAAACUUUAAUAUUUGUCAACAACUUUAAAUUUCUAAUACUACCUUAAUAAGGAGAGAUGUAAGUUUUCUAAUGA